AUGGACAAGACCGAAGCCCGGCAAGUGCAGCGCCGGGCGUCUGCCUACAGCAUCAUCAACAACGAGCUCAUCAAACGCAGCUCCACCGGCGUGUUCCAGCGCUGCGUUGAGCAAGACAAGGGCAUUGAGAUCCUCCUCGAUAUACACCAGGGCGAGUGCGGGCACCAAGCCGCCUCGCGGUCCCUGGUGGCCAAGGCUUUCCGCCAUGGUUUCUACUGGCCCAUGGCCCUCGAAGACGCUGAGUCUCUCGUCCUCAAGUGCGAGGGAUGCCAGCACUUCAACAAGUGCAGCCACCAGCCGACGUCGGCACUCCGAACCAUCCCGAUCGCCUGGCCCUUCGCGGUCUGGGGACUCGACAUGGUGGGGCCCUUCAAGACCACUGGAGGCAGCAUGCCGCAUUUGCUGUUUCUUCAAGAAUAG